AUGGUCGUAGCAAGUGAUGUGUUACCAUUAAUACACACAUUGUUGAUUGGUGCUGGUUUGAAGAAAACAGCAUCAGUAUUGACCAAGGAAGCGAAAUUACAGAGUAAAGCUUUUCAAAGUGAACAUGAUUUACUGGACGUGUAUGAAUUCUAUUUGAUGCACUAUAUAAAUACGACCAAGGAGAAGGAGAAGAAGGAGAAGAAGGAGAAGAUUGUGUCGUCCAGUACUAAUGAGAAAGAGAAGAAAAAGUCCAAGAAGAAUACAACAAAAACUGUGAUUGUUCAAAAGGAAGAAUCUUCGAGCUCGGAUUCAGACGAAGAAUCAGAAGAAGAGAAGAACAAAGUUAUUGACAAGAAUGCUGUUGGUAAGAAGGAAGAAUCUAGUAGCUCAGAUGAUUCAUCUGAUAGUUCCUCGGAUGAGGAGAUUGAGAAAUCUACCAAGAAGUCUGGACAUGUUAAUAAAAAGAAGACCAAGACUGCCGUAAAGGACCUCUCGGAUGACGAGAAGCUGAAGUCUAAUAAGCGUAAGGCUAAGACUUUUGCUGCUGAAAAGACAUCCAAGAAAGCCAAGUGUGAAGCAGACUCUAGCUCUGACAGCAGUGACAGCUCAUCGUCGGAUGAUAGUUCCUCAGACUCUUCGGAUUCCGAUUCGGAUUCGGACACUUCGGAUCAUGAGGAGGCUCAGAUGAAGGAGGCGGUACGUCGUAAAGAGGCCGCAAAGGCCGCACUAGAGUGGCAGCCCAAGAAAGUUGAAAAGGUGGUUACGAAAACAAAGUCGGCGGGCACACCGUUCCAGCGUGUGGAUGGCGAGUUUUGGUCACAGAAGAUUGUGGACGACACGCUGCGUGACAACAGCUACGAAGGCACUUUUGGUAUUGACGGCGUCGGUGUCAAGGCCAAUAAUAAGCUCUUGAAAACGCGUGGUAAGGAUUUUACGAAGGGCAAAAACAAACUCAAACGCUCGACGUACAUGUGCGGUGCCAUCAGCAUGGCUUCGAACUCGUUCAAGUUUGAAGAGUAA